AUGGCUACCGAGACGGAGACGCCGCUGCUGUGGUGCGUGGAUGAGCUCAACGUGGCCACGCGCCGCGGCCGCGUGGUGCGUAAGGUGAAGGAGCGCUAUCUGCGCGACGACCUGAGCUGCUCGCUGCCGGCGUGCGCGCUGUGCAGCGCCGACGACGACGCAUCGGCGGCCACGCACGUGCUGGGCACGACCAAGACGCUGCUGGGCGAGACGCCGCGCGACGGCGUGUACCUGCUGCCGUCCAUGAAGACGGUUCUGCUGCAGAUGGACGCUCUCGAGUUCUCCACCAAGAAGAAGAGCAAGAAGACGCAGGUGGACUCUGCCGAGGUCUUCGCGGACGUCCUCGUGCUCGAGACGGUCUGGGAGUAUGUCAAGCGUCAAGACCUGGGCGUCUACAACCGUCUCCGAGCUUUACUCAUGAACGCCGACCGCCGCUUCGUCGUGUUCGCCAACGAACACCACAGGUCCACCUUCGUCCAGAAGAAACAGAUGCUGCCCAGAGGAUACCAGGAGGAGGACGCUUCGGAGGACACUGCGGAGGACACCAGGGAAACCGAGACCGACCGCAACGAGCGCGCCGUGGCCACGGCCUGGAAGUGGUACGCUGACCACCUCAAGGAGCUCGAGCGCAGCGACGUCAAGGUUUUGUUCGUGGCCAACGACGCCGAGGACCUCAAGCACGCCGAGCAGUACGGAGUCACUGGAGGCGUGACCAUCGCGGACUUCUUGAAGCCCGUGGCCGCGCAGUACUCGGAGCUGCUGGAUCUGCUGUCGGCCUCGGCUGCGGAGGAGAAGGAGCUCGCGGCGGAAGGUGUGAGCAGCACUGCCGGACGUGGAGGCAAGAAGAAGCUGUACCCGGAGCACCUCCCCGCCGCCGAGUUGCUGGCGGGCAUUAAGAACAAGAGGUUCUUCAAGGGAACGAUCCGAUGCAACCGGGACCAUUGGCUGGAGUGCCACGUGCUCAUCCACGGCGCGAACGGCGUCAAGAUCCCCGUGCUGCUUCAAGGUCGUGAGCACAUCAACCGCGCUAUUGACGGCGAUCUGGUCGCGAUUCAACUGCUGCCGAAGAGCCAGUGGAAGAAGCCGUCGGACUCGUUCGCUGCCAAUGGUACGGCUGCUGCGGAAGCAGCGGAGGAGGCUGACGACGAUAAGGAGGUGCAGCCGGAGCCGGUGGGCGUUGCGGAGCCUACGGUGUCGCUGGAGCAGGUGGCGCUUGUGCAGAGCGAUGCAUCGCAGAACGCCAAGCCCGCUGGCCGUGUUGUUGGCAUCAUUCAGCGCAACUGGCGCAAGUUUUGCGGAUCGCUGGAGCCCCCUCGCGAUGGCGCGACGCUCAACGCGUCUGGUAGCUGCCUGGUGGUUCCCGUGGACCGCAAGGUGCCGAAGAUUAAGAUCCAGACGCGUCAGCAGGAGACGCUUAUGGACAAGCGAGUGCUGGUGGCGAUUGACUCGUGGCCUGCGGACAGCAAGUUCCCUCUGGGUCACUACGUGCGCACGCUCGGUGUCAUCGGUGACAAGGAGACGGAGACCAAUGUGCUGCUUAUCGAGCACGACAUCCCGUGUGACCAAUUCAGUGACGAAGUGAUGCGUUGUCUGCCGCCGGAAGACUGGAAGAUCACCCCCGAAAACUCGACUGGGCGUCGCGAUCUGCGUCACUUGCCUGUCAUGAGUAUCGACCCGCCGAACUGUAAGGAUAUCGAUGAUGCGUUGCACGCUAGACUGCUUCCGAACGGAAACCUGCAGGUCGGGGUGCACAUUGCCGAUGUGACGCACUUUGUUGCUCCUGGUAGUCCUCUUGACGAGGAGGCUGCUGAUCGUGGCACGUCGACGUACCUUGUGGACCGCCGUCUUGAUAUGCUGCCUGGCCUGCUGACUACCAAGCUUUGCUCGCUUACGGAUGUGGAAGACCACUUUGCUUUCAGUGUGCUGUGGGAGCUGAAGCUUGUUGGCGAUAACGACGUGCAGGUCAUUGACGUGUCUUUCUGCAAGAGUCUCAUCCGCUCCGUGGCAUCGCUGUCUUAUCAGCAGGCUCAGGAGUUCUUGGAUGACCCCAACGCUGGUGGAGUGUACGGCCAAGACACCAAUCCAAAGAAGAAGAAAAAGGGUGAGACCGAGAAGGAGUUUGAGCGCAAGCAGUUGCUGGGAAGUGGCAUCAAAACGCUUAAUGUGAUUGCGAGACGGCUUCGUGCCAAGCGUAUUGAGGCAGGCGCCUUGACGCUGGCCUCGCCUGAAGUUCGCUUCGUGCUUGACACUGAGACCCAGAACCCGUUGGAUGUCCAGAUGUACACUCUGCGCGAUACUAACGCACUUGUCGAAGAGUUCAUGCUGCUCGCCAACAUCACCGUUGCCAAGAAGAUCGUGCGUCAUUUCCCGACCUUCUCCAUGCUCCGUCGGCACCCGGCGCCUUCGAAGCGUCAGUUCGACCUGCUUUGCAGUCAGGCGAAGGCGGUUGGAGUCGAGCUGCACGUGGACACAUCGAAGCAGCUGCAAGACUCACUGGACGCCGCCGACAUCCUGGCGCAGGAGGAAGCUGAUGGCAAGAACAAGGGCAAGCGGAAACACGGAGGCAAGUCGAACCCGUACUUUAACAAGCUGCUGCGCAUCAUGACUACUCGCUGUAUGAUGCCGGCCAGCUACUUCAGCUCGGGCGAAGUUGCUCCGCCUGAGUUCCAUCACUACGGUCUGGCAGCCCCGAUCUACACGCACUUUACGUCGCCUAUCCGUCGCUACGCUGACGUGGUGGUGCACCGCCUGCUGGCUGCUGCCAUUGGCGUGGCCCCACUCCCGAGCUACCUCGAGAACAAGUCGCACCUGCACGAGAUCAGUGAGCAGCUCAAUCGGCGUCACCACGCAGCUCAGCUAGCUGGCCGAGCUUCGGUGACACUGCACACGGUGCUCUACUUCCAGCAGUACCCUACCCGUACGGACGCCGUCAUCACGAAGGUCAAGAACAAUGGUGUGGCCGUGCUGUUGCCGCGCUUCGGUAUUGAAGGCAUGAUCUUCCUGUGCGAGAAGGACGAGCAGGAGGACGAGGAUGUCGUGAAGUACGACGCUACCCGCCACUCACUCACCCUGGUACAGAAGAACAACCGGAAGCUGCAGGUGUUUGACCGUGUGCGUGUCAAGGUCUACGUGGCGCUGACGUUCGGCAACCGCCAAGAGCUCAAGAUGGACUUGCUGGACGAAGACGACGACGAAGAUGACAACAAGGAGGACGAGGCUCAGAAGGAGGCCGAAGCCAACCUGCGUGCCGCUCGCAAGAAGCGUAAGGUGGCUGCAUAAAUGUCACCAGAGAUCCAAUAGUACGUACGUAUCCAG